AUGGACUUUGUAUACAGCAGUGGGGUGCUGGUAAUACAGCACCUCCAGAACAACUACAGGGAAUGCCACGAAUUUUUGAACUUGAUGUCUACUGUUGGAGACCCUCGAAAUAUUUUCUCCAUCUAUUUCCCCCUUUGGUUUCAUCUUAGUUACAAUGUGGGAAUCAAGAUGAUAUGGGUGGCUGUUAUCGGAGAUUGGUGCAAUCUUAUUUUGAAAUGGAUUCUGUUUGGACAGCGACCUUACUGGUGGGUGCAUGAAACUCACUUCUACCACAACAAUUCAUUCCCACAUUUGGAGCAGUUUCAUAUCACAUGUGAAACAGGGCCAGGAAAUCCAUCUGGUCAUGCCAUGGGCUCAUCGUGUGUUUGGUAUGUGAUGAUCACAUCUGCUCUGAGCUUUACCAGGCCGUCUAAAUAUUUCCAAACUUGCAGGUUUCGUCUUCUGAAGUCUUGUCUGUGGAUGAUUUUUUGGCUCAUUCAGAUAAGUGUUUGUAUCUCAAGGGUUUUUAUUGCCACUCAUUUCCCACACCAGGUUAUCUUUGGCCUGUUAGCAGGUAUGCUGGUUGCAGAAGUGUUCAAUCACAUCCCUUCGGUCUACAAUGCAAGCCUGAAAGCGUACCUCCAGACCAACAUUUUCCUUUUCUGCUUUGCUCUUGGCUUUCAUUUGCUGCUCCAAUCAAUGGACAUCAAUCUCUUGUGGUCAGUCACUAAAGCCAAGAAGUGGUGCGCUAACCCAGACUGGAUCCAUCUCGACACUUCACCUUUUGCUGGUCUGGUGAGAAACUUGGGGGCCCUGUUCGGUCUGGGCUUGGCGGUGAACUCUCAGAUGUUCAGUGAGAGCUGUAAGGGAAAGAACAGCUACAAAAUCAGAUUUAAACUUAUGUGUGUGACAGCAACUCUGACAUCUCUGCAGCUGUAUGACUUAAUUAAAUUGCCCACUCACACUGAGCUUCUGUUUUACAUUUUAUCAUUUUGUAAGAGUGCUUCAGUUCUUCUUGGGGUGGUUGCUGUUAUUCCUUACUGUGUGCAUCUGCUGAUUGGAGAUGAGGAGAGAAAGUUGUCUUAG